GUGUUGGUUAUUCCAUGUGUACAACGUGCGAAGGUCGAACCGAUGUGUUGUAAAAAUAUAACAGAAUCACUCCUUCCAAUUCCUUCCUUUCCUACCUAUUUUUACAACAUCAUGUGUUUCAUAGUUGUGUGUUUACCUAGAGUGAAAACACCGCCUGUUUUACAAUUGUUCUCGUGUUAUUCAUAGUGAAUUUACCAAACAAAUGUAAGUUUUAAGUAUUAUAUUGUUACCUGCUGUAGUUUGAUUGACCCUUGAUUGGAAACAUGUUGUAAAUAUAGCUUAUCGUCUCAAUCGUCUUAUGUCAUAGAUUAAGUUCCAUCUGAUAACAUUGAUAAAGAAAUCAGACAUAAUUCUAGUAUGUAAUACACUUCAGUUCAAUAAAUUGUUUACUGGGUGUAACCAUGAUCAGAAUACUCUUCACUUGUUUACUGCUCUUGUAUACCACUGAUGCGGCCAAAAUCCUCGCCGUGAUUCCAACCGCGUCUUUUAGUCAUCAAGUGUUUUACCAACCACUAUGGAAGGAACUGGCUGUGCGAGGGCACGAGGUAACGCUGGUUACCACCGACCUGAUCAAAGAUUUCAACAACACAAAUCUUCGCCAAGUUGAUAUCAGCAUCGCAUAUGAGCACCAGACGAAUUUAAGUAAAGAUUUGAUGUCAACGUUCCUGGAAACAGACAAGAUUACCGCGUUUCAGAUGAUCAAUGAGGUGCAAUUCAAGAUCACAGAGGUGGUUUACUCACACAAGGGAAUAAAAGAUCUCUUUAAGGAUAAAACACUGAAAUAUGAUUUGCUAAUGUUGGAAUGUGUUUUCGUCGGCUCUUACACGUUCAUGCAUCGAUUCAAGGCUCCUACGAUUUGUCUGACAUCUUUGGAUGCUUAUCAUGAAACCCACGCAGCGAUGGGCAACCCCACACAUCAGAUUUUGUACCCAUAUUAUAUGCUUCCCUUUAGUGAGCCUUUGAAUUUUUUCGAACGGAUGAUGGCAUUAACUUCUAUGACAAUGAUGACUGCUUAUGUGGAUUACUAUAUUGUACCAAGAAUGCAUUAAAUACUGUCGGCAUCUUUAGAAGAAGAAUUUCCGUAUCCAACGGAAGUAGCUUUGGACUUUGAUAUGUUGUUCACAAAUUCCAAUCCAUUGUUUGGCGCUGUAAGGCCAUUUACUCCUGCAACGAUUUCUCUUUCUGGAGGUUUGCACCAAACAACACCAAAGCCUCUUCCAAAGGAUCUUCGAGACUUCUUGGAUUCCGCAACUGAUGGCGCAAUCUACUUUAGUCUAGGAUCGAACGUAAAGUCUAAAAACAUAAGUCCAGCAACGCGUAAAGCUAUUAUUGAGGCGUUCAGUCAACUUACCAAGUACAAAGUGCUUUGGAAAUUCGAAGAUGACGAAAUGCCCGACAAACCUAGCAAUGUAAAAAUUUCAAAAUGGGUUCCUCAACAGGAUGUUCUCAGACAUAAGAAUGUUAAAGUAUUCAUCACGCAAGCUGGUGUACAAUCUCUGGAAGAAGCCUUGUAUGCCAGAGUUCCAAUGAUAGCAAUACCGUACUUUGGCGAUCAGGAAGCCAAUGCUAAGCGCUUGGAACAGAAAGGCUUAGGAUUAUGUCUUGAUCAUCAUACGUUAACUGCAGAACAAUUUAAGCAAGCGCUUCUUGAAGUGAUGCUUAACGAACAAUUCAGAGAAAGAAUCGGUAAAGUGGCUGAUAUUGUUGCUGAUCAACCAAUGAAACCGUUGGAUAAAGCGGUGUGGUGGACUGAGUACGUUUUAAGACAUAAAGGAGCCAAACAUCUGCAAGGACCUAAAAUUCCUGCAUGGCAGUUUUAUUAUUUAGACGUUAUUGGAUUUGUUUUUGCAAUUGUUGGUAUUAUAACUUUCAGUGCAUAUAAAACGUUCAAAAUGUUAUAUACAUGUAUGUGUAAAAAGCAAAAGAGCAAAACUGAUUGAACUAAACGAAACUUAAAAUUUAAGUUAAGUUAUAAUUUAUUUUGUUUUUAACUUGAAAUCAUUAAAAAUGUUGAAAUAA